AUGGAGACCACCACGCCUGGCACGGCGCUCGAAAGAGAGACGGCCGCAUGCAGAACAGCCGUCGGAGCUCCGCAUGGACGUCUCGGGUCGGCGAUGGGCCCCCUCGGCGGCGCCUCCUGCGCCGCUCCUGGCGCUUUGCGCGCGCCGGGGAGGAGCUUCCGGCGCCGAUCCAGAGGAUCCGCGCGGACCUCGGAGGACCCGCAUCUUCCAUGGCGGACAGGAUUUCAGGACGCUCUACCCAAUGCGUGUGGCAUGGUGGCGGAUUUGACCAACAACAAGGACCCGAGGAAGGCAGCCGACUCGUGGAAAGUGAUCAGCGCGACCAUCUCAAUCUUCUCCGCGGUUCUCAUCUUCCAGUGUAUAAAUGGCGUCCUCUCGGCGGUGCUGCUGUGGACAGGCGCCAGCGAUUCGCUCAGUCUCGGGAUAUCUUUCGCGCACAUGUUGGUGUGGAUGUUCUGUCUGCACAUCUGCCUCGCCUGGAUUGCGAGCAAGCUCCGUGAUGCGCACCAGGACGACGUAGGUCAAGUGCAGGCGGCCGAGCUCAACAUGAAGUGCUUCGCGGUGCUGCUUGGUCACACGACUGGAUUUGCCGCAAUCAGGGCCUUCGCACUCGGGCAGCACAUGGUGCCCGGGGGGGCCCUGCAGAAGUUGAUCAUCGUGCCACUCAGUUGGAUUGCCCUGUUCCUCCUGGACGCUCUAUGCGAUAAGGUUCGGAACGCCGCGAUUAUGGCAGAUGGCAAGGUUUCGUGGUUCGAGCAUGUCUGGAAUAACCUCGUGGAGGAAUAUGAGGACGACAUCAUAGGUCUCACAUCCGCGUUCCUGAUAGUGCAAACUUUCAGACUCUGGCUCACGGGUA